GUAGUAACUAGUAGUUGCCGAAAGCCGGUCCUGGUGCUCAGUGACUCAGUUGUCAGUACUCAAUAGUCAUUAGUGAAUAUCAGUCGAACUGAGUAGUCAGUUGUCAUUGGUCAGACAUUUUUAGUAAUCGAGUUCUUUUUUUUUCGUAUUCAAAAUCUUUAUGAUUUGCCAUAUUAUACAAUCUUUCUUACUUGACUAAAAAUAAAUAAAACUAAGAUUUUCACAAUUUUCCGAACGUCACCGCCGACAAAAGACAUCGUAACGAAAUUGUCAAGACGUAUGAGAAACCUGUAAGAAUGGAAAGCAACACGAAAGAUUGUUGCAAUGAUAAACAACCAACCGUCAAAGUUAUUCUUGUCGGCCAAAAAAUUAAAUUGCUGAUCAAUGGUGAAGAAGUCGACCUAGAUGGUGUCAGUUUGUUUGCUAAUAGUAAAACCACUCAAAAUAGUGAUGCAGGCCCUUGUGAAAACAUUUCAGACAAAGAUAAACAGUGUGACAUUUCAAAUGACAGUAUUUUACAAAAUGGUACAGAAAAUAUACCAAAGGAAUUUGAAAAGGAUGCUAAUAUAUUAACAGAAUCUUCUGUUGAAAGCCUACCUUUGGCUGAAGAUAAACAUUUAAAAGAAAACACAAAUAGUGAUACAGAACAGAAACGUUUAAUUACAGAAGAAAGUUAUAAAAACUUUUGCAAAGAUAUUAUUAAUAACAAUACCAUAUAUAAAACUGAAGUCACUGAUAAAAUAGAGAUUAGGAAUGAAGAAACAUGCGACAAAUCAUGUCACAAAGGUUUUACGGUUAGCGCAGAAGUAAAAAAGUGCAAUAUUUCAGAAAUUGUAGACAAAGACACUGAUCAUCCUUGUGAUAAUCAAGAACAGAAGAAAAACAAAAACAAGAAAAAGAAGAGUGCUGAAAAAAUUCCAAAAGACGGCAAAGUCGUCAAACCUCCUGGACAGCCCAGGACAAUCAAAACUCCAAAAUAUCUUGAAAAUUUGUUCUGCAAAUUAACUGUCGAAAGAAAAGCGAUUGCGAAGGGUGAGAACAUGGCGAAACAAAAUUGUGACAGAGUUACAAAUAACAGAAAGACUAGAGAAACUAUUCAGCAGAACCAGAAAAUUUCAGAUGUUUCUAAAAACGACCUAAACACUUUAGAUGACUUGAAACCAAUAACAUUUACAAGUAGCGAUGAUCACAAUUCAAUUGCUGCUAAAUUAUGUGAAAGUUUACAGGAGGAAAAUCAAGAUUGGAUAAAAAACUUGCUUAUAUACUUGGGAACCGAGAAAGUCAUGGAGUUGUUUGAAAAGACUAGAGAAAAAGAAAGAAAUGGAGGAAUACUUGUGAAAGAUGGUUCCAGAAGGAAAACUCCAGGGGGUGUAUUCAUAUCGCUUUUACAAGAAGACAAGUCCGUUACAAAUGAAGUGUAUAAAAAGAUUUUUGAAGAGACCUUGAUAAAAACUAAACGUCUGAGAUGUAUAGAGAGGAAAAGAAAGCUGUUGAAACAAAAUGAAGUAUUAAAGGAACAAUUGCUGAAAGAAGGUUUUCUUUAAA